UGGAACAUAUUCUAUUGGUUCGAAUUCGGAAAUCUCUUUAUUGUGACCUGGCUGGAGCUGAUCAACAUGGUACAAACGGCUAGUGGGGGCUCCUUUCAGGACGCCGUCGAAAUAUUUAGGAUGAUGCCGUGCGUGGGAUAUCUGCUGCUCGCUAUGGCCAAAUCCUACAAGAUAGUGUAUUAUCGUCCGAUCUAUGAGAAUUUGAUUUAUGAGCUACGGGAUAUGUGGCCGAAGGGCUGCGUUGCCGACGAAGAACAUGCAAUCAUCUGUACAGCCCUCAAACAACUCAAUUAUGUCGUGCAGGGUUACUACUGGUGCAACAACGCCCUACUAGUAAUAUUCCUGUCGCCGCCAUUCGUGGAGAUCAUCAAACAGGUCGCUGGUUGGGACGUUCCUCUGAUCCUGCCCUUCUUCUACUGGUUUCCCUUCGACCCGUUCCAGCGAAUCUACUACGAAACGAUUCUUAUCUUUCAAACUUGGCACGGGCUAAUUACAAUCUGGUUUAUGCUGUGCGGAGAUUUACUGUUCUGUAUAUUCUUGAGCCAUAUUUCGACGCAGUUCGACUUACUGGCAGUGAGGAUCAAGAGAAUGGUAUAUGUGCCUGUUGAUAAACAGCUAAUUGAAGAAUACCCUUUGGGGGAAUAUAGCCGAAAUUUCUUGGUAAAAGAAAAGAGUGCUAUUGACUCGUACACUGAAAAACAAUGGGAAGAAAGAUUUCAGAACGAAGUUACUGAAAUUGUUCUGCGACACCGGGCUUUAAUUAGAUUAUCCGGAGACGUCGAGGAGCUAUUCAGUUUUGCUUUGCUAGUCAAUUUCUUUAAUAGCUCUAUAAUAAUUUGUUUCUGUGGAUUCUGCUGCGUUAUCGUUGAAAAAUGGAACGAAAUGAUUUACAAAUCGUUCUUGACGACCGCUCUGUCACAAACAUGGCUGCUCUGCUGGUACGGGCAAAGACUUCUUGAAUCAAGUGAAGGAGUCUCCGAUGCGUUAUACAACAGUGGCUGGUACAAUGUUUCGAAGAAAAUAAAAGGUUCCAUUCUAAUCAUGCUUCACAGAGCACAAAAAGAAGUCCACGUCACUACGUAUGGGUUCUCUGUGAUCUCUUUGUCGAGCUAUACUACGAUUAUCAAAACAUCGUGGUCGUAUUUUACGCUUUUAUUGAAUAUUUACAAACAGUAA